GUAACUGCAGCUCAGAACAUUAGAGCAUUCCGAGAUCGAGCUCUUGAUGCUGUUGGGAGCUCCACAGUGCCAUGACACGGGCGACAUUGCAACUGCUGGCGACACCUGCCGUGGUAUCAGACAGAUGAUAGCGCCUUCAGCGCAGCAUGGAUGACUGCUAUUCAACUGGGAAGAGCUUGGUCAGCGGGAUUCAUGUCCAGAAGACCGUGGCCAUUAAGAACGUCCGGCUGGGAGUGCUGCAAUGCGUGCUCAAAGUUGCUGCUGGAAUAUGGGCCGUCAUCUUGAUGUUUUCGAUGCGUGCCUAUGACAGCUAUGCAGUUCCAUCUAUCAGCAUUUUAGAGGCCUGGCAGGAGCCACCGCUUUCGGUACCUACAGGUGAUCUAAUUUAUUGUACAAAUCCAGCUCACUUCCAUUAUGUUUUCAAUGAUGACUACAUCUACAACAUGUCAGGCUGCGAACAUUUACCCUUCGGUGAAGAGUACACCAAGCGGGGAAACAGCCUCUUCUUUCCGACUUCGAUUGAUGACGUUUAUGUGUGGACAUUUGGAGCAAAUGAAUGCGAUGCAUCGAAUGCUUCAGCGCAGGCCUUCUGCAAUGAGAAAGGUGGCAUGUUGAGAACCUUGGGCAUUGCGCAGAGUGGUGCUGCCUGUGAGUGCCUCCUACGCCAUUCCUUCUUUGCGGUUCAUCCGGAGGGUCGAAGGUUGUUCUUUUCGCACGGCUUUGAAGUGAGUAACCUUGGUGCCUUGGGCUACGGCCGCAUGCGUGGAAGUACCAGGCUGGACAAGAACCAGUACACCAACUUCGGCAACGGUAACUAUGGCGACCAUUGGCAGGACCUGCAUGACGAAGGCAUUUUGACCAUUAUUCAAGAUCAUUCAGGCAAAAGCUGCAGCCUAGGCGGCAGCUCCAGAUUCUCGCCAGCGGCCGCACGUCAGGGUAUUGGCGGAUUGCUUAGUGAAUGGAUGGCCUGCGCUGGAGUUGAUUUGCAGCUGGCAGAUGAGAAGAUUCGGAGUCGACAUCGGUUGGAACAGACUGCACCGGUAGCAAGAUUGACAGGUCUGGAGCUUCAUGUGCAACUCGUGGACUUUGUGGGUGUGGUUUGCUAUGCCCGCAUCUCUGCCAUACAACUUUGGAAUUCGGAGAACUCAGUGAGUUACACUCAGCUCUCCGGCGACAUGGGUCGGUCCUCUUACAGAUCAAGGCUACAGCGGGGCACAGAGUUCCGCUUUGUUGGUCAUGGACGUAUCGAAUUCUUAGAUUUUAUUCUCCUCACCACUGCAAUCUCGAACAUGUUCACUAUAAUGUCGAUCCCAGCCUUCUUGGUUGGACUUCUGGCAUUGUAUUGUUUGGGACCAUUGUCCAGCAUCUAUUUUGCUGCAGCAAAUACCAGUGUCAACGUGGCGGAUGACUGCAAAGCGGCUGUGACGCGUCUCAUCACCAGCGAGGCUGCGAUGAACAGCAUCGAUGCGAACAGUAUCGAUGCAAAAGGAAUCACUAAAGAUCACGUGAGAGAUUUUCUCGCGAGGCUUCUCAAGAAUCACAUUGGCCCUAAAUUGCGAAAACGGUUCAGGCUGUCUGAACAUAAUCAAGGAGAAGGAGACCUUCAGUCGGAGGAGCUAGAAAGAUUGGUGGAGUUCGUCAUGGAGAGCAUCCACAAAGAUGAUGAUGACAGCACGGUGGACGCAGAGAAAUAUUUGAAACUUCACCACCGAAAUGACCCGGUGCAGCUGGCAGAUAUCGUGCAUCUCUUCGAUUUGGGACGAGCUCAGGGCCCGCUGGAAUCUUUUUUCCAAGAUCGAGAGACAUUUCGUCGGCAUAACUUCGCCAAAGAGAAGGCUGCGCAGAAUGCGUAUGGAAGCAAAGUUUCUUCCAACGAUAAAGGAAGCCCAGCUCAGCAGACCUUGGAUGAAGGUAUUCCAACAUCUGUUGUGGUGAACACAUCCUUUCAGGUGGCUGAGCCCCAACUUGUCCGUCCGGCACGGGUAUGGAAAAAAGGCCAUUGUGCUGCGCUGCUGGCUAAGCGACAACUGGAAUGAAAUUCUGCCAGAUAUCCCUCAAUACCGAAUGAACAGAUAAUACCCAGGUAAUGCGACCAAUGCUUGUCGCUUACCGAAUCGUUAACGAAAUGACGUGCCCAAGGCAUAUUAAAUCUAUAAGUAAAAUAAA